AUGUCUUCGCAACAGAGCUCCCAGUUCAGUGUCGAGCGCUACGUCGUCAUUCAUGUUGCUACCACUUGCGAUGAGCACGGAGUCUAUGUUACCAAGGACUCAGCCGAGGUCAUUGAGCUUGGUUGGAUCCUGCUAGAUGCCAACACUCUCGAGGAGAUCACACACGAAAGUGUUCUCGUCAAGCCUGUCAACACUCCUAUUACGCCUCUGUGCACCAGCCUGACUACCCUUACUUGGGAGCACGUUCGAAACGCGGGAACCUUUAGAGAUGCCAUCUCUCGAUUCGAUGCUUUUGCUACCGAGUAUCUGACCUCCAAGAACCUCGACUUUGCCUUCGUCACUCUCGAUGCCUGGGAUCUCCGAGUUCAGCUUCCCCGUGAGGCUCGUGACAAGGCUGUCGUCCUUCCCCCCUAUCUGCAGCACUCCCGAACCUUCGACCUUCGCACCGAGUAUCAGCGCUGGCAGCAGCACCACCCCGAGUCUCUGCCUUUCGGCCCCUCAAUGCUGUCCAACAUCUGUGCGGCUCUCGAAGUUGAGCCCGUGCAGUCCAGCGCGCCCAUCAAGCACAACCUCCCUUUUCAUCUGCAGGCUUUGGCUCCCGCUUCGCCUCGCCGUGCCAUGGAGGAAGCCAUUACCCUUGCCCGAGUGCUCCGCGGCCUGAUUCGCAAGUCUCAGCCCCCUCAGGAGCACCCCGAUGUCCUGACACGCCCGAUGGAUGCCCGAGCCGACGUCCGUGCUUUCCUUUCUGAGAGAAGCAAAGUUCUUCACAUGUCCGGUCUGCCUCAUGAUACCACCCAGUCUGAGCUCGAGAGCUGGUUCACCCAGUUCGGUGGGCGUCCCAUUGCAUUCUGGACGCUGCGAACCCCUGAGCAGCACAAGCCCACGGGCACCGGCUUUGCCGUCUUUUCGUCCCACGAAGAGGCUGCGGAAAGUCUUUGCAUGAACGGCAGAGCUCUCAACGAAAAGGCCAUUGAGGUCUCCCCGUCCUCCAGCAGAGUUCUUGAUCGUGCUCAAGAUAUUCUCACACCAUUCCCUCCCAGCAAGAACCGUCCUCGUCCUGGUGACUGGACAUGCCCCUCCUGCGGCUUUUCCAACUUCCAGCGCCGAACCGCCUGCUUCCGGUGCUCGUUCCCUGCUGCUGGCUCUGGCCCCGGCGGUGACAACUUUAGCUAUGGUGGAGGUGCUGGCGGCGGCGCCGGUGGCAGCUACGGCCCUCCUCAGUUGAUGCCUCCCCCACACCACGGGGGUCACGGCCACAUGGGCCAUGGUGGACGCAUGGGUGGAGGUGGCGGCGGUGUUGUUCCUUUCCGUGCUGGUGACUGGAAGUGCGGCAACGAGGUUUGCGGCUACCACAACUUUGCCAAGAAUGUCUGCUGCCUUCGUUGUGGAGCUAGCCGCGCCAGUGCUGCUGUCGUGGCCGACUCAGGAUAUCCGUCCCCCAUGGACAACCAGUCUCAGUACAACAUGGGGCAAGGCUCCAUGGGAGGCACUCCCGGCCCCGGCCCUUUCAACUCGGGCAACACUUUCAAUGCUGGGGCUGGAUACAACCAGCACUUUGCCGGCCCCCCCAGCCAUUUUCUUCCCUCCGGCUUGGCUGGCGGUGCUGGCGGAUACCCCGGCUCCAUGAACAAUCAAGCCUUUGGCCCUGCUCCAGGCUCUCAUGGGGCUGGUCCUUUCGACAGCCGCGCUGCCGAGGCUGCUUUCCAGUCCGCGACGAACGGUCCCGCUUCUGGAGCUGGUCCUGCCCACAACAACUUUUACAACAGCGGCCCUCCAGUCAGCGAAAACGAUCCGUUUGCGUUCCUCUCCAGCGGCAUUGGUGGUCUCUCCGUAAGUGGAGGUGAUGGCCGUCAGAACGGCGGCCCGGCCCCUCCUAGCAAGUCGCCUGCUUAA